CAACCGGAUUCGGUUACGACAUGAUUGGAACGUGAACAGAUACCGAGUGAAGGGAAUUUCGUUUAUUAAGAGAAAACAUAUUUAAGAACAAACUUAUAUAUAUAUAUUUGUAGCUCAGUUGCAGUAUCUACAUCAUGUCUCGAGCACAGGCUGAAAGUGUUAUUAAGAACAUCAUCCGUGAGAUAGCAGAUCAGUGCAUGACGAAGGGCCAAGCUGUGUCUGAAACCCUCACUGCCUUCAUGGUCAAAGCUGUGGUUUUGGACCCACAGAAUCACUUUAACAUCGACCGAACACUGACCAAGCAGGAUGUGGACAAACUGAUUGAGUUGUGUGUGAACAAACUGUUGGAUCAGAUGAGUCCUGCUUUGGACACCAUUAAAAUGCAGGUUCACUUCGAUAUGAAUUACACGUCUCGACGUGAGUUCGUGGAAGAGCACCAGAAGGUGGUGCAGAUGCGUCUCCUGCCCGUGUUUCGGGAAAUCUCAGACAGCAGAGCCAAGAGCCGAGACGGGCCGGACGCUCUGUACCGCAGGAUAGUCACAUAUGUCAUUUUACGCUCCGGCCUCGGCUCGGCCUCCGACAUCACCAACGUACAAGAAGCCACAGCCGCUCUGCAGAGUGUUUUCCCCCCGUCAGAGCUGGCCUCCUUCAUGUCUCUCCUCGGACGCGAUAAAGAGCUGCAGCUGAAUGAACUCACCGCGAUCGUCACCGGGAUUCGCCUCUACAACAAGGACAGCGGGAAGGGAGGAGAGAGCAUCGAGGACCUUCUUGCCGUCCUGAACAAGGCUCUUCCUGCUGCCACCACGGAUAUAGAGCGUGAACUGGAAGAGACGCAACAUUUAGCCUGGAGCUACACCGCUCUGCUGGAGAAUAGCUCUGCACACAAAUUAAACAUGGACCUGCUCACACAGGCUCUAUACAACACACGCCAACACGAAGCUUUCCUCAAAUUAAUCCUCGCAGACAUGUUCUCCUGCGCAAAGCAAGUGGAGACUCAUCAGACCGACCUCAUAUUGAGGAUGAGGAUGCUGAAGAACACAAUUCACACCAAAACCGCCGUACCAACCUCCCAAGUGUUCCCUCAAUUCAUGGCAUUGGCCAAGCUGUGGGCGGGGCUUCAAGACGAGGCACUGCUGCUGAACAUGCUCAGGAACGUGGCUCUGAGCCUGAAGCCGUUCCUCUCGGCUCAGUCCCAGCUGCUGGAGAAAGAUCAGCUGGAUCAGAUGCUGGAGGGUGAGAGCGUCAGAUCUGAUGCCGAGAGAGCUGCCGAGAGCUCAGAGGAGCGAGUGGAUCCAAAGGAGAUAAUGGGCUCAGAGUGGAUUCUGCCUACGACCACAGCUAACUUUGAGCGGCUCCCAUUACAGUACAGAGGUGUUUGUGGAUACACUCUGGUGGAGAAGAACGGCCUCCUGCUGCCAGGCAACCCGAACGUCGGCAUCCUGAAGCACAAGGAGAAAUACUACAGCUUCAGCUCCAAGCAGGCAGCGUAUCGGUUCGCCUUCAACCCAGACAAGUACAUCGAGCUGAUAGCAGAAAGAGCCAAGAGAUCUCCAGAGCUGAUCCAGCUCCUCGAGCUUCAUCAGCAGUUUGCCAGAGUGACUCCGUACUCUCAGAUGCAGUCAGGUGAAAGACUGCUGGUGAAACCCAUCAGUAAAAGUGAGAGCAGCACACAGACAGACACACACCUGCUAGAGAGCAACUUGGUCAGAUCUUAUGAGUGGAACGAGUGGGAGCUGAGAAGAAAAGCCCUCAAACUGGCAAACCUGCGCAGCCAGGUAACUCGCUCCAUGCAGACCGACCUGAGCCACACGAGGAGACACAACGCCACCCAGACGUUCGCAAUGAAAGACUCCGCCAGCCAGACCAAGAGAGACGGCUCAAGUAACGUACCGAAACCUCAAAUCUACCUGGCUGUGCUGAGAAGAGGAGCAAGUCCGACCGCUCACAUGACCAAAAUCGAUAUAACUAGAGCCGUGAACGAGUAACUAGUCAUUCCGGCAGCUCCUAUCACUGCUGCUAAUGGCUUGGAUAAGACGCGCACGCUUUACGCACACCAAAAGACCUUCGUAGGAGAUUACUUUAUUGAACAUAAUGCAAGCAUAUAUAUCUACAAUCCUUGAAAAAAGAGAGUUGAUAUCUAGUGUGUUUCUGUGUGGUAAAAAAAAAACGUACGUGUUCCCCUUCCCCCAAGCCAUCGUCCUCUACCUGUAACAAACACCUGUUUUUAACCCCUCUGUUAACACACACUGCCCCCACCUGGUGACAGCCCAAAAUGCAUUUACAACAUUGCCUCCUACGCUAGUGUUUGUUUGAUACUCUUCCAAAGGUAGCACCGUAUGAACGUAUUGUAUAUAAUGAGCUGUUGAAUCCUGGGUGCUGAUUGGUCAGAAGGUGUGCAUUAAUUCUCUAGAACAGCAGUUCUGACAGUAGUGCGGGUUUAGAUCAGUGCUUUGGGUCUGAGAGAUUAUGGUUUCUAUAGUAACGGCUCAUCCACGUGGACCGCAGGACAGACAAGUUUACGCUUCUUGGAGGUUUUUCUCUUACAUGAAAGCAGGAUUUUCUUUCUGUCUUAUCAACUUUAAGAGAAAGACACCGGUGAGGGAACGACUGUCAUUGUAACUAAGCGUAACGACAAGUGGAUGGAAAUGAUGACGUUUAAAAAUAAAGUGAAGUUGUUAUCAA